GCGCUAUAGAUCACAACUUGUCUGCCGUCACAGGAAGCUCAAAGACUAAUCUGAUCUGCUGAGGGCUGUGGCCUUGACAUUAAUUAUAUAUUCAAGUUUAUUGAGACAGUUUGCUGCCUGAAUUGUGUCUAUAUUGGGAUCGUCGUUAUCCGAUUUAAGCUCGCUGAGGAUGGCUGAGCCAAGUGGGAGAUAUCAGCAGCUGCCCAAUGAAGAGGAGCCAGAGGAGGGGCCUCAGGUGGCCAGUGAUUCUCCUCCCCCUUACAGUAGCCUUGCAGCUGACAGCGCAGCAUUUUUUGAUUACAAAGAUGAUGCAACAUUUCCCAAGCCCCCGUCUUAUAAUGUAGCCACAUCUUUACCAUCGUACGACGAGGCUGAGAGGACCAAAGCAGAGGCUACUGUCCCACUGGUGUCAGGCCGAGAUGAUGACUUUGUGGCCAGAGAUGACUUUGAGGAUGCCGACCAGCUGCAGAUAGGAAAUGAUGGCAUUUUCAUGUUGACAUGUUUCAUGGCAUUCCUCUUCAACUGGAUUGGCUUCUUUCUAUCGUUCUGCCUCACAACCUCCGCAGCUGGGCGUUAUGGCGCCAUAUCUGGGUUUGGUCUCUCCCUCAUCAAAUGGAUUCUCAUCGUACGGUUCUCUACUUAUUUCCCUGCUUACUUUGAUGGACAGUACUGGUUGUGGUGGGUGUUUCUGCUGCUUGGCAUCCUGCUCUUCCUCAGAGGCUUUAUUAACUAUGCUAAGAUCCGAAAAAUGGCAGACUCCGUUUCGACUCUUCCACGGACCAGAGUUCUCUUCAUCUAUUAAAGACAUUUGCUGGAAAUGAAAACACAUUCUUGGGGCUUGCAUUGGGCCAUUGACCCAGUGGGGAAAACAUAUUUAGGAAAGAAAAAUCCUUCCGUCUGUUAUCUACUCAUCUGAAAGGAAGCCCACGGAACUCCAGAGCAAUGAAGGAAGAGCGUUUCUUUUCUCUCUCUCUCUCCCUCUCUCUCUGUGUCUCUACUUUUAAAAUGCAGUUUUGGUGUCAAGAUGGCAAGAUACUCUUUUUACAUUUCUAGAUGUAUAGUGGAUGCUAACAGCUCUGUAUCUGUUCUGAAAUCAUUAGUGGUUUGUUGUUGAGUGCUAUUUGCUCUUUUCAAGUCUGUAAUGUAUUAUAAAGCCUUGUGUGUAGUACAGGCAUGCACCAUGCUCCCUGUUCACCAGUAGGGGGAAGUCUUGCUUUUUUUAUUUCGGUGUAUUUUUUUUUCUCCGUCUCAUUCAGUGACGUCUGACAAGCAGGCAACCAGUCACUGCUGGUCUCCAUUCAUGAAGAGCUUUUCUCUUUGUGAAUGGCAGUGUUAAAUGAAUUGAAUCUUAAACAGUCAAUGCUUUUCUUCUAUUCUCUUCUACUGUUUCUCUCUUUCUCUCUGCCUCCUUACAUGACUUGAAAUUAAAGUUACUGUUUUUAAGUCGUCAUUAUUGAUGUGGAUCAGACGUCUUUAAAGAUCCAGGAGACGUGUGAAUGGCAUCUAUCAUCAGUAAAAAUAAAUAUGGUUUUGCACUUAACAUUUGGCUCUAUGUUUGAGUCCUUGCAACUUUUCAGGGAAGAGAACUUUAAUAUUUGCAUUCAAACAUGUCUCCUUUUAUACUAUAGCACCCCCACCUUGUGCAGUGGCCGUGCUAGGGGUCCGUUUGAUCUCUCGCUGUCUAAUCAUGCAUGAUUCUGCUGUGGCUUGUCUGCUCUUGUCACCUUGGGACUCAUCCAUGACACAGGAAGUUCCUCUUUUGUGUUCAGUUUUCCAUGCAGCUUUGGAUUCCUGUGGCUGUGCACAUGUAUUUGCUCGUAAAUAAGACACUGCUAUUAAACGUCUCUGGUGUUCAAUGUUUACUGGAAAUGUUUUUGGUGUAUCUUUGAUGUAAGGGUGAAGUAUACACAAGAAAUUUGAACUACUUUGCAAUUAAACUUUGAUAAACUAUA